AACUCCUGUGCUGCGGCAUUCACGUGAUCUGCCUGGGCGCAGAUGUGGGCACCGGUCCGAGUGCCCGCCCUCUGUCCCCGCGGCUGGGUCCCGUCUGCUCCAGUUCCUGGGCUCCUAAUUCUUGGUCCAGCUUCCUCCAGGUCAGUGUGCGGGCCUUCCACGCUGCCAGCGGAAUGCUGGAAUGGCGGAAGGGGAACGGGUCUGCGCGUCUGUUGUUCCCAGCGCUCUGCGAAGCCUGAAAAAGAGGAGCAACCUGUCCAGAAUCCCCGCAGGGCACGAAAAGGAGGGGAAAUCUCGACAUGGAAAAACUCUACAAUGAAAAUGAAGGCAUGGCUUCAAACCAAGGAAAGAUGAAAAAUGAAGAACAGCCACAGGACGAGAGAAAGCCAGAAGUAGCUUGUACUCUGGAAGACAAGAAGUUGGAAAACGAGGGAAAGACAGAAAACAAGGGCAAAACAGGAGAUGAGGAAAUGUUAAAGGAUAAAGGAAAGCCGGAGAGUGAGGGAAAGGCAAAAGAAGAAGGAAAGUCAGAGAGGGAGGGAGAGUCAGAGAUGGAGGGAGGAUCAGAGAGAGAGGGAAAACCAGGGAUAGAGGGAAAGCCAGAGAGUCAAGGAGAGCCAGGGAGUGAAACAAGGGCUGCAGGAAAGCGCCCAGCUGAGGGUGAUGUACCCAGGAAAGCCAAAAGAAAAACUAAUAAGGGGCUGGCUCAUUACCUCAAGGAGUAUAAAGAGGCCAUACACGAUAUGAAUUUCAGCAAUGAGGACAUGAUAAGAGAAUUUGACAAUAUGGCUAAGGUGCAGGAUGAGAAGAGAAAAAGCAAACAGAAAUUGGGGGCGUUUUUGUGGAUGCAAAGAAAUUUACAGGACCCCUUCUACCCUAGAGGCCCAAGGGAAUUCAGGGGUGGCUGCAGGGCCCCACGAAGGGACAUUGAAGACAUUCCUUAUGUGUAGUGUCCCUGGCAGGCAUUUACCAGGCCAUGUGCUUUACCCCUACGGUAGUACUUUACUUUAGGCAUCCCUCCUGUUACUAGCAGCCUUUUGACCCAACUGCAACGCGGUGUUCUUAGUAGCAAAUUUUCCUCCGUUACAUGGAAAGAAUGUUGAUGGUGCAUUGUAAAAUUAAAAAACACAACUUGCAGAACCAAACAUAUGGCAUCAGUACAUUUUUGUAAAACUACAAAGAUACCUAGUAAUUUAUGUAUAGAAAACAAUUCUGAAAGCUGUGUCAACUAAAAGAUUAACAGUGGUUAUCUGUGCGUGAUUUUUUCUGUACUUUUUUGUUCAUCUGUCCAUUUUUCUCCUAAAAACAGAUUUCUUAAUCAUAAAAAUAAUAAAAGUUAAAAUAUUGGAAAACA